AUCAGCUAGCCCAUAGGCGUCUCUCUCAUCUGUCCUCCUCCCUUGCUUUCUCGUCGAUCAAAAAUCAAAGCGACAUUACUAUCGCGAUCGCAAAUUGAACUAGCUGAGGCCUGCGGCUUAUAUUGACAUGGAAGCCGCGACGAGGGCAACUAAGGCUGUGGAUGGAGGCACCAAAUCAACAGAAGCGGCCACUCCUCCGUACUCGUCCUCCCGCACCGGGGGACCGGAAGCGGUGCCAGGGCAGGCGGAGUCCUCGACAGGGAACGCUGCGGCUGAGGCUGAUCCGGCGCCCGCGACGGCAGCGGCAACGAGGUCGAAGAGUGCUGCUGCGGAGAGCGGCGUCGAGGACGAGCAAGUGGAGAAGUUCUACGCGCUGCUGGCCAACGUCCGAGCCAUGAAGGGCUUGCACACGGGAGGUAGCACUAGCAGCGACGCCGGCGAGGAGGUCUGCGGCGCAAGCGGCGGAAGGAAGCGGGAGCGCUGGGCGGAGCCGCCGUGGAGGCCGGCGUUCAGGAUGGAGGACUUCGAGGAGGCGCCUGCAGAAGGCAGCGCGUCAAGGAAGCAGAGGAGGGACGGCGCCAGCGCCAGCCCUCGGCGAUCGGGGAAGGAGACGACGACGGACGAAGCGGCCGGCGGACGAGCCGGGUGACCACCACGUGGCAAGCAAAGGCUUGAGUUGUCGGUCGUGAUCAGAGAGGAAAGUUUGACUUAAUGUUGCCGAUGCGCAUGAAACACAUGCGCGUGUUUUUUCUUUCUUCCAGAAGCUUUGCUUCACCUGUCGGUGGAAUUUUGUUUUUAUACGUAUCGUAAAGUUGCAAUCUUGUGUUCCAUGUCGGUUGUAACCAUGGCAUAAACGCUCCGUGCUGGCCGGCCAUGGACAGAAGAGGACUAUUCAAAUGUUUUGAGAAUC